CGCGCCGAGUCACGUGACCAUUUCCCAAGCGGAGUUUCCACGACAGCUGGAAGCCGAGCGGCACGGGCGCAUCGCUUCUUCGCUAAAAUAAUCGGAAAAUAGCGCGACUUGUGCUCGUCUCAGCACCUCCAGAUAAUCCUGGUCUGGCAUGGGCGACAAGAGGAGUCCCACAAGGCCGAAGCGUCAACCGAAGCCCUCCUCCGACGAGGGGUUUUGGGACUGCAGCGUGUGCACGUACAAGAACACGGCAGAAGCUUUCAAGUGCAUGAUGUGUGAUGUCAGGAAGGGGACAUCAACAAGGAAACCUCGCCCCGUCUCCCAGCUCGUCUCGCAGCAGCAGGUAACGCAGCAGUUCGUGUUGCCCUCGCAGCCCAAAAAGGAAAAGAAGGAGAGGGUAGAGAGGGAGAAGAGCGACAGAGAGCCGGCGCUCAAGAAGAACAGUCACAAGAAGAUGAGGCCCAGGUUAAAAAACAUCGACCGGAGCAGCGCCCAGCACCUAGAGGUGACGGUCGGGGACCUGACGGUCAUCAUAACAGACUUUAAGGAGAAGGCCAAGCCCACAUCCACCUCGGCUUCGUCGUCCAGCGCCGCGUCCACGGCCGACCACCACAGCCAGAACGGCUCCAGCUCAGAAAACACAGAGAAGGGGCUUUCCCGCUCCUCCUCACCGAGAGGCGAAGGGAGCUCGGUCAACGGGGAGUCCCACUGAGUCACCCACUCAUGACCUCACCCCCCCACCCCCGGCCUCCACCCACAUCUCAUCUGCAAGUUCACGCCACUUGGUGGAGUGUCCUGCCUCUGCAGCUGUACAAUACCGACCUUGUUUCGCUUCCUUUCUUUUGGAUAUCUCAGUAGGAAUUCGUCAGAGUUGCCAACACGUCACAGUUGGCGAGUUUCAAGAUUCUUCGCAGUACCGGAAAUCCUACAUUUAGAAAAGCAAUACGAAACACCUGAAGAUUUUUUUUUUCUAUUCUGCAUUUCCACUCUGACAUUCGGUGUAAUCGAAACGGAUCCCACACGCAGUCCGAAGCUCGCCACAAUAAUAUUUACUAAGACAGUUUUAUUCUGACGAGGAACUUCCUCAGGACUGACCUGAGACACGUCUGAGUAAUUGUUUGGACAGGCUUAACGGUCCUGCAUGGUUUCCUACAGAUGCACUUGCCAAGGUCAUCAAGUUUCUUCUUUUCUUUUUUUUUUUUUAUGUAUUUUUGUUGAAUGAACCUUUCAGCCCCCACCCUUCAUCUUCAUCGGCCGGUAGAGUGACCUCUUCUUCCUCCAUGUGGAAUCUUAAACCUACCUGUUACGAACCUGAACCACCUAUUACACACUGAACCUUUGCUCCUGUUCUUGAUACUCUAAGCUUUUACUUCUGGACUGCCGCUGCUGAAGAGUGACUUUUUUUGACACAGCAAUUGUGGCCGUAUUGCUACUGGCACCGUUUUUUGCUUAUUGUUUGGAGCAGGUCGUCAAGUUCAGGAAAAGCCUGUUGUGUCUGUGUAAAGGCACCAGGCAGGUUUUGAUGAAAGCCCUCUUUUCAAAGGUGCUGGAGGGUAUAAUAUAUAACUUUAAAAGGAUAAUACCGGUGUCUUGUUUUCUGUUUGUGCCAAUAAUCAACGCUACCCCUCUUUUUGCUUUAUUCCCAGUUUGUUGAGCACGUUCAGCUGUGUGGGAGAUAUAAUCAGGGUUUCUGUUUGUCUGUCUUUGCAGAAGUUCCUUUUGUACUGUAUAUAAACAACAACCGCCAACCUGCAUUAAGUGAUAUUUUUGGUAUAAACAUAGAAUCUUAUUCAUGUGCGUUAUGUGAAAAGGUGAACAUGUGCAACUCUACAGCUAUAUGCAGCUUUUGGCUCAUUACUUUGGUUUUCUAAGUCUUUCGCAGCUUCUAGCUAGCUAUCUAGCCACUAGUCAAGUAUGGAUUAAACCAGAGUUACAAUGUUGGUAAAUAUUGGAUAUAUGCAGGUUAUAGCUCAUUUCUAACCCUCAAAUACAUCAACCAUGUCCAGUGAGCAUGUUCAGAUUAAUAAACUGUUGUUAACACUACCAGGCCAGCAUAAAAUGGAAGAAGAUUGAAGUUAGCUAGUAGCUGGUAAAGAAAGUAUUUUACAGCCACUCAAUAGCUAGCAGCUUGCCAAGUCAGGACCCCGAAGCAGAACUAAAAUCUCAGUAAAUAUUUGGUAACAUAUAGCUUUUAGCUCAAUACUUUGGUUUUCUUACCCUCACAAACUUCAGCCAUGUCCUCCAAGCCAGUUCAGACAUGCAUUAACAAUAUCUAGAAUUACACUGCAGAAGAUUGAAGUUAGCUAGUAGCUGACUUCUUGUACUUCUGCACUUGACUAGUAGGUAGCUUACUAUUAACUAGCUAGCAACCAGAAAACAGAUUUGGGUAAGUAUCUGGCAAAUAUUGGUUAGCUAGCUAGAUAGGUAGUAUUGCAAAACUACAGCUACAACCCAACUACUAGCUGGCUAGCUGCCUACAGACCAAACCAGGGCACAUUUUGGGUCAGUAUUUAGCAAUAUACAGCUUUUACCUCACUACUAUGGUUUUCUUAUCCUCACAAAUUUCAACUAUGUCCUAUGUCCUGUCCAGACAUGCAUUAAUAAUACCUAGCAUUACAUUACAGAAGAUUGAAGUUAGCUAGUAGCUGACUUCUUGUACUUCUGCACUUUACUAGUAGGUAGCUUACUAUUAUCUAGCUAGCAACCAGAAAACAGAUUUGGGUAAAUAUUUGGCAAUUAUUGGUUAGCUAGCUAGAUAGGUAGUAGUUUCAAAACUACAGCUACAACCCAACUACUAGCUGGCUAGCUGCCUACAGACCAAACCAGGGUAAAAUUUGGGUGAAUAUUUGGCUGAUAUUUGCUAGAUGGCCAGUAACUUCAAAUUUAAAGGGAAUUUUUUUGUCAGGAAACAUGACUGAAUCACCUUCGUCUCUGAAAGGGCCCCGGUUGCGGACAUGUUAGCAAUAUUAGCUAAAAUCUAUCUCUCAGGGCUUUGUAUAUUAGAGCUAAAUUUUCAUUCUUGCUGUAACCUCAUCCAAAAAUAUCGCUUAAUGCAGCUUUGAGAAACAUAAAAGCUCUGUCACCAAUCCCUGUCUGCUUCAUGGUAAUGUUGCACCAUGGUUAUCAUCAGUCACAUGACUCCCACAGGCUGAUUAACUGCGCGGAUAUGGUAACAAUUCUUCAAAGACGUCAUAUUUCAUCAUGUUUCAACUUUUUUAUCGUGCAUGCUUUUUUAUGUUCUUGCAACCACUUUCCAACCAGGUUUGUGAUGGGAGAGUUUGUUUCAAAGGCGCAAAAUAAAAAAGAACCGUUGAUUGCACAAGGGAUGGACUGAGGAAGUGGCACCUAACUGUAGACGGUAGUUUAAGGGGCUGUAGCUGUAAAUGACACCGGUAUUCUCCUUUUUUAAAUCUCUGCUGCACAAACGGGGCUACGCGUGGGGAAAAAAAAGAGUGGAUGCUCACACUGUUCUGCCCCCACAGUGGACCCGGUCUGGAUACAGCACGGUGCUUGCACAAAAGAAACAAAAAAAAAAAGAGCUUUGACUUGUGGACAUGCACAUUUAUCAGCUGUAAAGGGGAUGGUGCGCAGCGUGAUGGACUUCAGAGACUGUUUAAAUUCCUCCAUUUUGAUGUAGCAAAGUGGGGCGAGCUUUAGAAUCUACUAAAAACUCCCAGCAGAACAACUAUAGAUCAACCUAACUACACAAUAACUUAUAAAAAAAAAACCUGUAGAAAUAAUACACAGAUGAAAUGGAUAUUUCUAAAAUAUUGUACUACAAUGUUUUGAUGUGGUUGUAUUAUCCAUCAUACCAGUGUUAUUGUCAAGAUUUUUACUUUUUACAUUUUAGCACAGAUCCUGAGAAACUGUCAUGGCAUGAUAAUAUUAUGGUCUCGGUAUAUUGUGGGACAGGCUGUGUCUCUUAGUUUGUUAGCAUCGUUUAAUGUGUCGGGAGAUCUCGUCGGCCCACCGCACUAGCUGGGACUAGUCACGUGGAGCCGAGAGACCUGUUUUCCGACAGACAUCUGUUAUUCGGUUGUGGCAAAAAUGGAAAGACACUUAAAAAUAUGUUGGUGUCACUUGUUGAUAUUUUUUGAUUUUCGCUUUUUUGCUUUCCAUGCUCAGUUGUUUUAAAAAAAAAAAAAAACAAUGUGUGAACUUGUUUAUUACAUGUCUGAAUAAGAAAAUAACAAAAUUCAAACAAAGACAUGUUGUUUCUUACGCCCACACUUUCAUGCAUGCUAUGUAUCGUCAUUGGGUUUUUGCUAAUCUUUGCUUUUUAGCUGGUGAACAGCUUAAAGGAUGCGUUCGUCCAAAAAAUCCAGUCAUCAUCUACUCGCCAGUAUGCUGAUGGAAAUUUGGAUGAAGUUUUGAAGGUUCUGAAGCAUCACAGAAAACACUGUCGCAGCGGCAUUCUCCUUUACAUUUGCAGUAGAUGGGGACUUGUUUCAAAACAUGGGAAAAGAAUAACAGAAAACAAAACAUAAAAUGGCUCCAUGAACACCCUUGUGCAACCAUUUCGGAUGGUGUGCAUGCUAACGCUUUUAGCUUAGCAGCUACAGCAAAGAUUUCAGGUGUAAAUAACAUCGUUCAAAAUCAAUAUGGGGAUCUCAGGGCUAGUGGGGACUUGGGAUUACGCCAGACAAUCUGUGUGCAGCCAUUUUGUGUCUUACUUCAUUUAUAUUUCUGCAUUUUUAAAACAAGUCCCCAUCCACCUUCAUUUGUUCAGGAGAAGGCAGCGCCUCUGUUUCGCUGCAAAGCGCCAGAGAACGUUUCACAGGCGAUAAAAUUUCCCCCAACUUUCGAUCAGGUAUACGAGGUGAGUGGUUAAAGACUGAACUUUCAGAUUUGAGUGAGCUUGUCCUUUAACUGCUGCUCAUCUUCAACACAGUAGGUUCAGAGAUGACUGAUGCAUCACGUUGAUGGUGUUGUGAGUCAAGCAUCUCCUUGACAUGAUUAUAUUUAAGGUAUGGUUUAUACACUAAAUAAUCAAACAUAGAUCAGUCAG